AUGCCAGAACCACCCGAACUUGUCAAGCACGGCAAAGUUGCCUCGUCACAAAGACUUUCUGGUACUCCAUCUCUUCCGAGCGCUGAUCAGUGUUCGGGGAAGUGUUUUGAAUUGGAAAUCGAGGAACUGAACAAAGUCAUUCAUGCAAACUCUGGUAUGAUGAAAUCAAUCUUCCUUUGUCGUCGGGCUGCUCUUUAUCUUAAGCUUGGUUGCUUUAAUGACGCCAAAGCCGACUUGGAAGAAGCUGAAGGCCAAAAACACCAAUUUGCCGCCCUGCAUUGGCAAAAACAUAUACUACUCCUGCUAGAAAAUCGAGUAUCCGAGGCGCUUUCUCAGGUUGAGAAGACUAUUGAACUUAUGCUGCUUGGAAGAUCAAAGAAAACACCUCCCAGUAAUUUCCUUCUCGAUGCUUAUAGAGCACGCGGGUACUUGAGCCAACAACUCGGUCGUUAUGAGCUUGCGUUGCAAUCUUACGAAAUGGUACUUCUGUUCAGACCCAGGGAAAGUCGAACACUACUGAACUUAGGCGAAGUUCAUGAACAGAUGGGAAAUCUGGAGGCUGCAGUCGCUCGAUUCAAUGAAGUCAUCAAUGUUGACGGCCAGAACAUUCCAGCAAAGCUCAAAGUUGCCAAACACCAUAUUCAUACAGGUUUGGAGGCGAGUUUCAUUGACGCUGAUGAUUUAUUCGUUGCAGUAACGACAUAG